UUUCAUUUCAUAUUUCAUUUUCUAGCAGGUUGCUCUUACUCAUUGCAUCCAAUCUGCUAAAAGAGGCGUCACACGCCUAAAUACUUUAACGAGACUGAAGCCCAUCCCUGCCAAGAUGUCAUCUGCUCUCAGAGCUCGAGUGUCGAGCUGAGCUCUUCCCUCUCGUAAGACAGCAAAGUCCCUCAGGUUUCUCUGCUAAAGGCCAAAUUUAUUCGCUUCUGUUUCCCACGCGUGUCCUUGAGGGUGCCCAGCUGGCGCAUCCCGCAACGCGCUUUCCUCCGAGCUGGAAAGGUCAGGUUCUGCUCGGGCACGGCGCCUUCGUGAUGGUCCCUCUUGCUCCACCAGGUAGACGAAGCUCAGGCCCUGGCCGGUGGCUCGCCGGUGGCGAUGGAGGCAGGGAAAAGGAAUGCAGAUCUCGGGAAAUGGGGUGCAAAAAUUAGGAAGUUAACGGAAGAGUUUGAAGAAAGUGACACAGAACUUGAGGAAUGUGACACAGAAAAUGACAAUCUGACGGCAGAGCUUGAGGAACGCGAUAGAAAAAUCAGGAAACUUGCAUCAGACCUCGGAGAGUGUGAUAUAAAAAUCAAGGAACGCGAUAGAAAAAUAACCAAGCUCGCAGCAGAAAUACGUAGACUCAAUGCGCUGCUUGGGGACAGAGACUCGAGUCUCCGGAAACUCACUGCAGAACUCACAAAGUGCGAUGCAACCAUCAGGUUGUUUACUGUGGAGCUUGGGGAGCGUCAUACAAAAAUAGGGGAACUUACUGCAGAAGUUGGCUACUGUGAUAGAAAACUUCGGAAAAGUGCGGCAGAACUUGAGGAGCGCGAUGCAAAAAUCAGGGAGCAUGAAGCGGAAAUAAGGAAGCUUACUGAGCUGCUGGAGGACCGCGACUCACAAGUUCGAAAACGGGACGCCACAAUCCGAAAACUGACGGAAGAGCUUGGGGAAUUAAAAGAUCUGGAAGCUGAUGAAUCUUCUGAGGAGCUUGAGGAAUGUGAGCUAGAAAGCGAUGAACUCACUGAAGAACUUGAUGAAGUCAAUGAAGACCUUGGGGAACGUGAUAGAAAAAUAGCGGAGCUCACUGAAGAGCUUGAAGCGCGGAAUACGCAGAUCGGCGAACUCACUGCAGAGCUCAGGGAACGUGAUACCAACAUUGAUGAACUCUCUGCAGAAGUCGAAGCACGUGAUAGAAAAAUUGAUGAACUUACUGCAGAGCUUGAGGAAUACAAAGCAAAAAUGAGAAAAUGCAUUGAAGAACAUAGGAAACACGAUGAAAAACUGGCAAACGUGACUCUGGACCCAGAGACGGCCCACCCGCACCUCAUCCUGUCCAAGGACCAGAAAAGCGUGAGAUGGGAAUACCUGCUGCAGGAGCCCCCCGACUGCCCCGAACGCUUUGACGCCGACCCCUGCGUGCUGGGCUGCGAGGCCUUCACCUCCGGCAGGCACUACUGGGAGGUGGACAUAGCAGAGGGGCUGUACUGCGCCGUCGGAGUCAGCCGGGAGUCGCUUCGGAGGAAAGGAGCCAUCAGUUUUAAUCCCGACGAAGGGAUCUGGGCCGUGCAGCAGUGGGGAUUUAAGAACCGGGCCCUCACCUCCCCUCCAACUCUCCUUAACCUGCCACGGGUCCCCAAAAGGAUCCGGGUGUCUCUAGACUAUGAGUGGGGAGAGGUGGCGUUUUUUGAUGCCGAGAACAAAGCACCAAUCUUCGCUUUUCCACCAGCCUCCUUUGCCGGGGAGCGGAUCCGGCCGUGGUUCUGGGUAGAGCUGGGCUCGCUCUCUCUGGUCCGAUGACUCUUGCAUUCCUCUUUGGGCGGACAGUUCAGCUCUGGUGGCGAGAGGGUGGCCCUGGGGCAGGAGGAGCGGUGGAGGGAUCUUGCCCCAUCCAGACGCUUUAGUAGGAAGGUGGUUAAGAGCAGCUCUUGGAGCCCAGGAUAGAAACGCUCUCAGGGUUGAGCGGAGGCUGAAACCCCUUCCCAGGCAAGAGCCCCAAAGCUAUCGUGCAAAGAAAAGGCAGCCCCCCUCCUGCACAUCCUUGCUCUGUGUGGAGUGACUUCAGGUCUGCCUAGUCUCAGCCCCAUGUCUCCUACUUACAGUUCGCAGUGCCUGGUCCAUGCUCUCAGCGUCAUGCUCCAACAUUGCUGCAGGUUUUCUUCCUAAAUGCACCAGCCACCCUGCUGCUGGUCAAGCCAUCGGUCGCAUAAUAUUUAUGCUGGAGCUGGGCAUAGCCAGGUCCUCUGGCAGGACUAAUUUGACUCAAAUUUGGCCUGGGCAGAGGGUGGUAUUCCAGGUGGGUUAGCCAGAGACCCGGAAUCCAUGUUUAGCUCAGCUCUGUGCCUUGGGGUUGCCUUUGGGAGAAGAGAAGCACCAAGCUGGCAUGAUGCUCGCAGAUGAAAACCGGGGUGCCGGACAGCCAGACUGUACAAAGUUAAGGCUCGAAGAAGCUUACGCCAGAGCACAGCUCUGCAUUAUGUUGCCAUGAAGUUUCCAAUGAGGUACUGGGAGCCCAAAGACUAGAUUCAAGGUGUCGUCAAACCGGUGCUUGGAGCCAGCUGUGUCGGGAGACAGGUGAUUAGAAGACAUCACCUAGGGUCAGGGAGGAAACUAUGGACUUCACCUUUCUAUACAUCCCACUGCACUUUAGCAGCUAUCAUGAGUCCCUCAUCAAUGUCUGCUUGUUCUUAGCCACCUGCAUAGCACUAAAUCUUGUCUUUUGUACCACCACGCAAAGGCGAACUAGUAGUUACCAGCUAACAAUAAACCAUUUGAGACGCUGCAGAAAAUUUAAUUUCUUUUUCCCCCCCAACUGUCUGUGAAAAUCAAUGUCCAUUUGCCCUGCUAGGAAACAUCCCUUCCACCCUGCGUUUGUUCUUGAGAUUAAAGGACAGGUAGCUAAGAGGAGCUUGAAAUACCAUCGCUCCCUGCUUUAAAGCAGCAGACAAAAAUGUGAGGGGGGGAAAUAAUUAAAAAAAUCCACUACGUGACUGUCAAGGUGGCUAACACCGCAGAGAAGACAACGUCCUUCCCUGCGCGGGGGAAAUCAACACGUGGUCCCUGUGCUGCGUGGUGACAAAUGCCCAAUCACCCCCCGCAGCCAAAGAAAUUUUCUCCUAUAGCCAAAACCAAUGAAGCAUUUUUCAGUCCAAAGCUUUAUCUGGCCCAAGUCUCCAUGAGGGAGACUGAUCCACUGAGGGUCAACUGUGAGCCUUUCGCUGGCAUGGAGACACCAGGCAGAGCAUUCCUCUCCGCGUUUCCUUAAAUAGGGCUGAUAUUUCCCUCUGUGCCCCACGUGAUCUGCCUCUCGGCUCUCACAGCGCUGCAGUGACCCACCGGGGCGGCUGCAGAGGAACCCGGUGGACUAAAUCACCCCCCCACUUUGAAAACUGGUAAGGACCAUCGGGCAGCAGAGCUUCCUGUGCUGGUGCAUAACAGGUAAGUGUCUUUGGGGACGUUACAGCAAAGAGACCCUGGCAUUGCUGAGACAUCCUUUCAAGAGCCUAGAGGAGGGUGGAGGGGUGUAUAAGUUCAUUUUUCACCCUGCUUGGUGGAGGGAUGUCUGUGCUAAGCAAGCUUCUCAAGAGGGAUCGUGUGGCUGCAGUCUCAUGGACUGCAGAGAUCUAGAGUCAGGGGAGACAGCCCUUGUCCUUGGAGCUUCUGCUGUCCGAAGGGUCCUCUGCUUUGGAGCUAUCUAUGCUGGAAAGCAUGGGACCCUGGGGAUGUAAGCCACUGGGGUGGGAUUUGGCAAAACUGGAGCUAUUGACUCAUUUUCCUUUGGCUAUCAUGGGAAGGGAGACACCAAGCUGAGAUGCCAACACCCACAAUGAAGAUUUACAUUUAGAUGACAAGAACCUCACACCAAAUGC